AUGCCUGGUGGUUUGAUUGUGCUUACGCUGAAGAAUGUUCCGUUUUCCGUUCGUAUCGUUUUUGAAGCCACAGCCGUCAGCACGAGCUGCAGUGGCGUCAGCAGAAGCGGAGAUGGCAGCGUCAGUGUCGCCUUCUUCGUGGGCCCACACGGGCUUGUGCGAGUGGUGCCGCCUGCGCCUGCCGCGGCAGGAAGGGUGGAUUUGAAAUUCCCCAAAGCACGUGUUUCAACCUCAGCCGCGACCAUCACCCUUGUCUUUCCCUCCUUUCCUCUUCACUGCCCUCUUUUCCCUUCCUCUCUAACGCUACCCCGUUCCUCGCCCUCUCCUCUCGUCUUCCCCUCACUCACUCCUGUUCCCCUCCCUCCUGUCCUUAUCCCCUCACUCAUCCAAUGUUCCCCUCCCUCCUCUCCUCGCCCCUUCCCUCCUCUCCUCUUCCCCUCCCUGAUUUCCUCAUCUCCUCCCUUGUCUCUUCUUCCCCCCCCUACGCUCGUCUUCCUCCCGCCCGCUCGCCAUCCAGACGAGCCUUGGCUGGCUGUCCUCGCCGCUCAUAUGCAUAAUUGGGACGAGCCCAUCCCAGUUGUGUGCUUGGCGUUGCCACGCCAUUCAGCCACUUCAAGCUGUGCGUCACUGCAGGUCGCCCACACACGACUGUUGUUCAGGCCGCCACAGCACCGCUCUUCACCGCACCAAAUCCAGCAGUCAACCCAGCUGGUGUUCUCUGCUCAGCAAUGGCAUCAUUUGGAGAGACGACGCGUGUCACGGGAGGAUUUCGCAGCGGUGACGGUGGCAGCACUGGCAGUGCCGCCGCUGUUCCAGCAGAGACAAUUGUAUGAGGUGGGUGUAUGGGUGGGAUGGGUGCGUAGGUGGGGUGGGUGUGGGUGUGGGUGGGUGUGUGGGUGGGAUGGGUGUGGGGAUGGGGUGGGUGUGUGGAUGGGAUGGGUGUGUGGGUGGGGUGGGUGUGUGGGUGGGAUGGGUGUGUGGGUGGGAUGGGUGCGUGGGUGGGGUGGGUGUGGGAAUGGGUGUGAGGGUGGGAUGGGUGUGUGGGUGGGAUGGGUCUGGAGUGCUUCCCCGAUUGCUUUCCCCCAAUCCCUCUCUCUGUUACUCUCCCCUCUUCUCUCCCCUCUUCUCUCCCCUCAUCUCUCCCCUCUUCUUUCCUAUCUUCUCUCCCCUUUACUCUCCCCUCAUCUCUCCCUUUCUCUCUCCUUCAAGCUCAUUGCUACCAUGCUGAUCGCUGCACCCCAAACACCACUGGCCAGCAGACCUGCAAGGCCCUAUGUAGCACCCCUUGCUCUCCCACCACCCGUGUUUUUCCCCAAGAGCCGCACUACUCCCAUUUGCCUCUGCCCUGUCCCCCUCUUCCACUCCCCCUUUCUGACGGAAAUUCCCCCGACUGCAUGCCUCCCUCCCCUCCUCUCUAACCUGUUGUUCCGCCUCCAACUGUAUUCUGGGAUUCACAUAUUUCUCUUCCUUCUUUCUCCUCAUCAGCUCGCCAACUCACGAGAUUCACCUCUCACCAUCUUCUUCUCUUCCCCGCAUUCUCUUCGCGCCGCUCCCACUCACGUUUUCCUCUCGUUUCGUCCCCUCUGCUUUCUCUCCGGCUCCAAUAUACCGCCUGUCCUCCUGCCUUCACCUCAUUUUCCCAUCUUUCUCUCGUUGGCCUUCCCUGUCCCCCUGCUGCUCCGAUCAGCUGGGCUCGUUGGCGCAACUGUUACAGGGGAGCAAAGUGGAGCAUGUGGUGCUCGUAUCACAAGUCCCACCUCUCUCCGCAUCCCUUCACUAACCCCCCAGGGCGACAUCAUAAGGGGUAACGUAACACGGGAGGAUCGGGCAGCCGGGGUGCAUGGAGCACCAGUCGUGCAGCAGUGCAGGUGCAUGCAGCACGCACUGUCCAUCCCCUCCUCCCCAACUCGUCCCUCCCCCAUUGCCCAGCGUGUCGCGAGAGCAUCUGGCAGCCGUGGUGCAGGGGGCAAAUGUUGUCCUCCUCCUUCCCCCCCACUCAUGCAGCAGUGCAGGUUCAUGCAGCAAGCAUUGUCCGCCCUUUCCCCCACUCGUCCCGCCUCUCUCCAUGUCCCCUCACAAUCCUACCAAGGCGGCACCACGAGGGGCAGCGUGUCAAGGGAGGAUCUGGCAGCCGUGGUGGCGGCAGCGCUGGCAGUGCCACCGCCUUCCCAGCACAGACGGGUCAUUAAGUCUCUCCCCUCGCACUGCAAUUUUCUCCCAGUCAUCUCUCCCACACUCAUCCCUCCCACGCUCAUCCCCCCCGUGUCUCUCCCUCCACCCAUGUCUCUCCCAUCCCAGGCAAGGUGGUAA